GAUUGAGGACGAUGAGCUGGUGGAGCAGAAACUGUCCUCAGGCCUGCUACAGCUGAAGGAUGCUGAGAAGAGCUGCGUGGUGCAGUGACGUGGUGAAGUGGCUACCUGCGUGGUGCUGUGACGUGGUGAAGUGGCUACCUGCGUGGUGCCGUGACGUGGCUAUCUGUGUGGUGCAGUGACGUGAUGGCGUGGCUACCUGCGUGGUGAAGUGACGUGGCUACCUUCGUGGUGAGGUGACAUGGCUACCUGCGUUGCCCAGUGGCGUUGCUGCUUGUGUUGUGCAGUGACUUGGCAACUAGCGUGGUGCUUGGGCCUCUGGACAGUACGGUCACUGAUCUGCUCUUGUCUGUCUGUGUAUGAGAGAGUGUGGGUAUGUGUAUGUAUGUGUGUGUUGAUGUGUGUGUGUGUGUGUGUGUGUGUGUG